GUUGCCCCAUACACGUGACGUGACAGUAUUCGAUAAAGAAUGGCCAUGGAAGCGUUCUCAAGUAUCUGUAAAUCACCAACAACGAACUUUUCCUGCUCAAUUGCAGUUCGAAACCCGAGCACGCGACUGUUUUCCCAUUUCCCCACAACCCAAUCUCAUGUGGCUGCAGUAUGGCUGGCGGAUUUCUUCCUUACCACGAGCCUAGCAUCGUGGAAAUCCUGGUGAUUAUUUCAUUCUUCUUCAUCCUCUGCUUGGCAGAAUGGCUCUCUGCCAAGGUUAUCCGAGCCGGGAUUAUUGGCAAUAUUGCGGUGGGCAUCAUUUACGGUGUGCCGCUGGCCAAUAUCUUGGAAAUCAAUUGGCAAAAGACCUUCCUGGCGCUGGGAUAUGUCGGAUUGAUUUUGAUUAUCUUCGAAGGUGGUCUUGCCGCUCGACUAGAUCUUCUCAAGAAGAAUCUCGUGUUGAGUAAUGUGGCUGCUACGACCGGUGUUUGUUUUCCGAUCGGGCUUUCAUAUCUGUUGUUGUAUCUGGGGUAUGGUUAUGGCGCUGUCGAGACAUUCAUCAUCGGCGCUGCGCUGUCGGCUACCUCUUUGGGCACGACGUUUGCUGUGAUCUCAUCGGCCUCCGAAACCAUCGAUCUUGGCCAAACUCGAGUGGGCUCAGUGCUCGUGAGCGCAGCGGUUAUUGAUGAUGUCUCCGGACUUGUCAUGUCCAGUGUAAUUGGCGAUCUGAGCAAGCUUUCAGGGGACGGAGACGUCAAUCUCGGCUGGCUCAUCGGACGUCCCAUCGUAGCCUCCAUCGCGAUGACGAUAGUCACACCCAUCGUCACAAAGUACUUUUUCGCACCCGUCUUCCGGAAAUACAUCGAGUAUCACUUCGCACGGUACGACCACAUCUCAAAUAUUGUGCUGAUGGUCCUAGUACUGUGCGCAUUUAUCAGCAUUGCCUCGUAUACUGGGACAUCUAUUCUAUUCGGUGCCUUCCUGGCAGGCACAUUUCUCACAUAUCUCCCUAGCAAACAUCCCGAUGGACCAUUUAUCGUGACGAGCCGGGAGGAGGGCGAGAGAGAGGUAGAUAAGAGCCCGACUUUUGUGCAUACGUUUGAAGCCUAUCUGCUAGGUGUGCAGGAGUAUCUAAUGGCGCCUCUUUUCUUUGCGAGUAUUGGCUUUGCGAUUCCUUUUGUUCAGCUUUGGACGGGGAAGCGCAUCUGGAGAGGGGUGCUGUAUACGCUUCUUAUGGCGUUCGCGAAGCUCAUCGUUGGAAUCUGGGUUCCGCUAUGGGAAGUUCUCGCGCACUUAUUCACCAAAGAAAAGUCCGAGCCCCAACCAUCCCGCCGAGCCAAAGAAACCGAGGAUACAGAGCACGGUCCUUCACCUCCAACCGAGGACAACCACAAACCCCACGCAACCUGGCUCUCAGCUCUCCUCCUAGGUUCAGCAAUGGUAGCCCGCGGCGAAAUAGGCCUCUUGAUCAUUGAGAUCGGAUACAACUCGACCUCGUAUGUCAGCGAGGAGGGCUUUAUCACGGGUGUAUGGGCGAUUCUUCUCAACACAAUUAUCGGUCCUAUUACUGUUGGCGUGCUAGUGAAGUUGUACGGGAAGCAUAUUGGAGAGGGGAGAUGGGGGUUGCAGGAUUAGGUGGUUUAUGGGCAGAGGGAAUGACACGUGCAGGUUUGCGCAGAAAUGUAUAUCACUUUGAUGGUGUCGUAUACAGCGCAGCUCGUUUGUGGUGGACAUGUUUCGAUCAGGUAUAAAAAGGAGAGAAUAGAACUCAAGAGUGAAAUCAAUGGGAUGGGUCUGGAUAACCAGUGGCUCCAGAUCUUCCGAUAUCAGUCCGGCAUAUUCCUUUCAAAAUGGCAGUACGCACCCUAUCUUUGCUAUGCUAGCAGUCCGGUAUAAUCGGUUACAGAUAUCAAUAAAUCCUCUUUACCCAAUCAAGAACGCUCACCGAGAAAGCU